AUGGCGUCUGAAGCUGAGGUACCUCGAGGAUGCCCCUCCACACAUUUAUUGACUCAUUUACGCUCCAGAGCCACUGAUACUCUGAGUCCUUCCGAGUGGUAUCACCACACCAGAGAAUUAUACACAGUUCUAGUACCAGACGCCCAUUACAGCAACGUUAAGACUCCUGAUGGCUGCUAUUUGAGGAAAUUCUCUCCAGAUGGGCGCCAUUUAUUGGCAUUUUCUCAGGACCAGCGCUCAGUGGAAUAUUUUCAGUUCAGGGGCUCAACGGUGGGAGCUCCCAACCUUCAGAACGAUGAUCAAAAUGCAGUUUUUAAAACUUUUUUUGAGCACGUCAUCUCUAUCUCUGUCUGCCAUGGGAAUGAGGUACUCAACAGAGAGUGUAGUCUAUUUUUAGAAAAUUGUGAUUACGUCAUAGUCGUCUCCUCCUACCCCCUCCCUGAUGAUGUGCCCCCUCACAUGUUCGAAACAUUUCAAAAUAACGAAUCACUUUCGCCUAAUUAUAGAUUCUUACUUGAAAAUUACACGAUUCACAUUUUAAACUUAAAGCGAGGCUGGAGUGGAGUUUCUGAUUGUCGCUCGUUUAAAUGCGAUAAGAUAUUCCUCUCUCACAACCAAGGUCUUUCUCUCUGUAGAUCCAAACUAGCCAUUCUCUCAUCACAACAUCAAUCAAUUCAUUUGUUUGAUAUUGUUGAUGGGCUCUUUAUUCCAUUGCAGGUGAUUGGUCGAUUUUGUUACCAUAGCGACAAUCAGUUAUUUACGUCCAGUAUUCAUUCCAGUAUGGCUAAUGGGGAGUGGUCUAUUUCCUCUCAAAGCCAACAGCAUCAGCCAUUUUUAGAGAAAUGGAUAAACUCGCUAAAGCAUCGGUUGCUAUGUUACAUUAAGAAAGAGGCAGAGAAGGUUUCACUGAUCACAGGCAAUAAUACUCACCUGAUGCAGUUUUAUAGACGAUUUGAUUAUUAUAACUCGUUACGAAUAUGGAAAAUGCAGCUGCUAGAUGAAAGUACCCUAUUAUUAAAAUAUUCCACAGAAGAUGUUGUUACAAUGCGAGUGAGUGAUCCUCUCUCACAACCAGCCUUCUUUGUUUUUUAUGACAUUGAUACUACUCAGAUAUUCGGUGUAUAUGAAAACUCGUCUUUGGACUUUUUAAAACUUUACGAAAAUAGCGCGGAAAGUUUCCGAGUCUCUGUCUCUCAUCCUCUCAACUGGAACAACAGCUGUGUCUCUAACUGUUACUAUUGUCGACAGUUACAUCAAAAAUUUAAACUUACCAUAACUAACGCUAGGCAUGGCGGAGUCAUUGAAGCCACGAAAAGACUAUUAGUUCAAGUACCAGUUUGUUCGCAGUCUUUCUCUUCGAGUCCUUAUUUAGAUUUUAAUUUGUUCCGUUAUGAUGACAAGUGGAUAUCAGCUCUGGAAAGACCUAAACCAUGUGGGGAUACCCCUGUCAGGUUUUUUACUCGUAAAGGUUCUCAAAUCAGUUUCAUUCUCUCCAGCAGUGCUGGUGGAGGUGGCAAUAAGAAACUAGUUGCUUAUAUAUUCCAUCCUUAUGAACCGUUCAUCAUAUCAAUACAGAAGAUUGACUCAGACUAUGUAGUGCACUUUCAUUUUAGAAAAUCAUUUUAAAAU